AUGGCUAAAUCGAAAGCUACACUUUACGUUGCCGGCGUAACUUUUCUAGGUUUCGUGUGUUUUGCAUUGGCAUCAGUAGCGAUUGGGAUCCCGUAUUGGGGCUACUAUGAUUCACCGAGCGGAGGUUACGAUUUCGAUCGCGGCUAUUUCGGGCCGUUCAAAGUGUGCAAACAGUUAGCAUACAAUCGUGAAAAAUGCGGCACAGAUGUGUCGAAAUUCCGCCUAUCAUCUGCCAUUUUCAUCAGCGGUAUCUUUGCGAUAUUAUGUUGUUGCGUUUUGGGCAUAUUUUGCAUAUUAUCUGUUAUACAAAUUGCAAUGAUAUCUUCGCGCGAGAAAGUCGUCAUGUCGUAUACGUCAUUGGUGAUGACAAAAAUGGUUUUAGCUUUAGUUGGCGGUAUGCUUGCGUUGGUGGCUGCUGUUAUGCUUGCUGUACAAAUUGAUGAAUCCGAAAAAUACGGCUUUCGUAUAUCCCGAGGGAUAUCAUUUUAUUUACAGAUUGUUGUUGUUUUGCUAACCAUAGGUCUGUUUAUUUUCGCUUUAUAUGAUGUUUUAUACUCCAAACGACCGAAUGGAGAUCCGACUAUGAUGAUCGAUGCUGCUUCGCCGUCUUCAGCAACGACGAUAAAUAAUCCUGGCUUUAAAGAGCCUAGAACAAAAAAUGGUGUUUCUGUUACCGAUGCUUCAGGGAAACCAUACGCUGGUAUACGUAAUGGUUCGGGUAGUGUGGCCUCUAUGAGCACUAUGGUCACAAGCGUAUCUAAUGGUUCCUCCACUGUAGAAUCUUUAACACGUUCACCACUGCGAUCAAGUCUCAAAAAGCCAAGGCCACGCGGUGAUAACACCUUGGGUAUACAAAAUCCAGGCUAUUCAGGUUCCGGUAACUCACCACCCAUGCGCCGAAACGGUAGCAUCAAAAAAGUGCGCAUACAAACUCAUAGUACUGAAGUUUAGGCGGGAAAAUUAAUUUUAGUUAUAAUAAAAAUAUACAUUUUAUUUUAGAUGGUUUUAUGUGUAAAUGUAGAUUCAAAGGUAUUUCAAGACUGUGUACAGAGAAGUAGAUACGAAAGUAUUUAUUAGGAAAUAUAAAUGCAAAAUUAACUAUACCUUAAGAUAAAUAAUAUAAAAUUAUAUCCAAUAGAUUUCACAAUAAUAAAUAAUAUAUUCAGUUCAAUAUAUACAUAAUAUGUUUAGUUUGUUAUAAUUUGAUUACAAUAUUGAUUUUGUCGCUUUCGCAUAUUUCAAGUAUUUGAUUGUUUAUAUAUGUAUAUGUCCGUUAAUGUAAAGGCAAAUAUUGCAUUUUAUCAAAUAAUUGCAACAUCUAAGGAUAUGCUGUUUUAAGCAAAUUUUAUAUAUAUAUGGGCCCUUAUAAAAGUUUUUUUUGCUUUACAUAUAAAUGGAGCACAUAAUCUUUCUGCUUUAAAGGAAUAAAACUUAAUGUUUAAUCAUAUGCUCGCACGAAUGAAUUGGCUUAAGUUCAAGUCAUAAAUAAGUUAUCGAUAGGAUUCGAUCACAGUAGAAAAUAUAAGAAAGGGAAAAAGAGAGAGAAAGAGAUAUAGAGAUUGAAAUAUAACUAUAAUGUUGCAAAGAGAUUGCGCUAUGUCCUAUAUCUUUAUGUUUAAUUAACGGACUUAGUUGUUUCUGACAUUACCCGGACGCUAAUUUUACAAAUCUAAAGUGUAUUUUACUUGAAUAAAUUGUUUUCCAAUUUAUUUUUAAAUUUAAUUUCUUCUUUGUCUUCCACGUUUUAAUAAAAUUUGAGAAAACAUUCUUAUUAGUUUAUUAACACAUCCGUCCCAAUAAAGUAAAAGCAGGCAAAGCGUAUUUAAGAGAUUUUGUAUUUAAUCAUCUAUUUAGGCACAAUGAUUGUAAUUAAUUUUAUGUACGUGUUUGGUCACCAUAAUCGUUAAAAUAAUAAGCAAAAGUAAGAAAAA